GAAACUACGGCACUGUAUACGAUAGUACUAUCGCGGGGGUCAGAGAUAUGUGCAUUUAGAGUCAACUCGACCCGUGUGUGUGCCUGUGUCAUAUGCCUGUCAUUUGCAUGUGGACUGCAGUGAGAUGGCGACACAGCAGCGCGGCUUGCGCACACGACUUAGAGAGGAACUCUACACUUACUGCGCCUUUUGUAUCGCGCUCUCUGCCUUGCCCGCUCUAGCCUUAUCUUACGUUGUGGUGCGAAUAAGCAAGCAUUUUUGGUUGAAACUACUGUCACUCACACAUCCGAGCUUGGAGUUCAUCAGAACAAAUACAGUUCGAACACUUCUUGAUACGCACAGAAACCAGGGCAUAAUAAAUGUUUUACUAUGUAUAAAAGGUACUUUAAAUGUUGAUGAAAUAAAACAUGAAAUCACGCAGCAUGUCAUCGACCGUCGAGAUGAGCGGGGAGAACUGAUGUUUCCUAGACUACGGCAACUAUUGGUAUCCAGCUGGGGAAACUAUGCUUGGGAUGCUAAUGUGCCUUUCAGACUAGAAAAUCAUUUCAUAGUAUCGAACGGUGUUUAUCGUGGACGUCCCGUGUCUGAUAACAAUAUUCAAGAAUAUGUCAGCGACAUAAUAUCAAAGUAUUUUCUAAACGAACAGCCGCCUUGGCAAUAUAUCGUCAUUCCUUGUGUCUCCAAUGAACCGAAGUAUUACAUUCUAGUUCGAGUUCAUCAUUUAUUACUAACUGGGAAAAAAUCUCUUAACAUUGGUGAUUUCUUAUUAGUAGAACAGUUGCCUGCAAAUCGAGUUAUCGAACAGAAAGAAUAUCACCAGCGCAGUCCACUUGCGAAGUUAUUUCCCGCGCCAUCUGCUAUACCGGAACUUUGGGAGAAAGUUAAUGAAAGCUUAUCAAAUAUUUGGAAUGAAUUUAUAUGUGAAUACGAUCCCACUGAGAGUCCUGAAACGUUAAAGACUUUACCUGGUGUUAUUCAUGUAGCAGGAAUGGUAAUGAUGUCAGCGACUAAUGCUUUAAGAGAAGUAACUAGAAAGAGACUUAUCGAUAGAGAUCAUAAUCCGACAACGGUGACCGCUCUUUUGUCAGCUAUUCACCGGGAAUGUAAAAAGAGAGACUUAACCGUCCCUAAGAUAUUGAUAUCACCCCUCGUCACGAUUGAUCCACGUAAGUGGCCAAGAAGAAUACUCGGAGCCACUUGUUCUGCAACACAAAUGAUUUUAAAACUGCCGACUAUUAUUCGGAAUGAAGUUGUUGCAAUAAACGAUCUCAGAACGACAGGGCGAGUGAAGAAUACUAACACGUUUACAUGGAGAUACGGUGAUAUUGGCCAACUAUGCAUGAAAGCUACAGGUGAAGCGUUGAGAGCCAUAUUCGAGUUGUACAAGGCCCCUGCUUUCUUCUGGACUGACACUAUUCGUUCGAAUUAUGGGAAACGUCACACGUUGCAAACUGUUUCGUUGUGUGGAAGAAAGGUAACAUCGUGGUCUCGGCCUGUACCUCGCGCAGGUAUGGAGCGUGCGGCGCGGGCGUUGGGCGUGUCCUCCACGGACAUCGCGCUUUUCGCUGCCAUAGAAGCAUUGCGUUCGUUCUUUGAACACACACAGACCGAUAUUCCAGACUCGGUAUUAAUAACUGCACGAGCUGCGUCUGAAGACUUUCUCUAUACCUUUGCUGAAGGUGAUGGCAAAAGUUAUAAAAAGUCACAGACCGGAGGCAUGGUCUGCCUAUCCCUGCCAGUGGGCGCCACACCCCGCCGCAUAGCCGCGGUGGUACAGGAGGCGUGCAAGCGCCAGGGUACGCUGGCAGCAGCGUGGGCUGCGCAGGCUCGCUGCGGUGCCCUCACCAGGUCUGUGCCUUCGCCCCUAGCGAGGCUCACCAUGAACGUUCUGUCCCGGAAAUACGCGGUCUCCUAUGCGGAAAUCAACACUCAAGCAGACACGAGGCAGAGAACAACGUUGUGGGGACAGACGGUGGAUUUCGUCGUAUACUGGCGACCACCGCAAGCAAAUAUAAGCAUGUCUCUGACGGUGAUACAAUACGCGGACACCGUUCGUCUCACUGUGAUGACAGACGCUCGUCUUUCCCCGUCGCAUACAAUCCCCGCGUCACGUUGGUCUGUCGUCGUAGAUAAACUCGUCAGUAAAAUAGAUCAGGAAAUCGCUAGGAUAACCGCUAAAGCCAAGUUACCUCUCGAUUACAUACCACCCAAAAAAUCCAGCAAAGAAGACCUGGAACCUAGCCAAGAAGAAAUACCUGCCCCAAAUCAAAGUACAAGCCGAGCUGCAGAAACAGAAAGUAGACCGGGUACUAGUAGCUCUCUCAUACCUCCUCGCCCGGUAUCUGUUAGUCCACCACUAACUCGCAAGAAUGCCACAGAAGAAUGAAAUGAUUCGUGAAGGAACAGCCAACAUUAUAUUGAAUUACUAAGCAAAAAGGCGAUCUGAAUAAACGCCUUUUAAUAAACUAAUGGCAAUUCGGCGAGGGGAUUUGCCAACCAAUGUUAUAUACGCUUAUGAUAAGACUUAUUAUUUAGGUCGUUUAAUGUCUCCACAUGUGAUAAAUAUUAAUAUUAGUCCUUAUAUGUAAUUAAUAGGUGUUUUAUGUUAGGUGUUUAUUCUUUUUAAUAUUUUGUAUUUCGAAAUUAAAUAAAACAUAUGAUAUUAAGUUU